CGACAAACAACUGGAAAAUGACGAAGCAGCCUCAGUCUCAGUCGUGAAGCCAAGUUGGAAUCAUGAGUAAGAAGAGCAGUGGUAAGAAGAGCAGUGUGGAUGACGAUCUCAGUUUUAGCGAUGAAUCUUGUAGCGAAUAUCCGAUGCAAGUUUCGCCCAUGUGCAGCGGUGACGAGUCGCUAACGCCUCCGAAACGCCUCAUGCUGAUGGUGCAUUCAGCCCAGCAAGUUGUCACUCCCUCGUUCGAUCCGCUCACACCUUUCCUGUCCGGGAAACGCCAGAAACACAUCAGGAUAUUCGAAGACCCCGCUGGUGGUGGAGUUGGGAUAGCUGUUAAUCAUGAAGGAUUGAUCGUUUAUAUAGGCAGAACAGAUAAAAUGCGACUGAUCUAUCGGGAGUACGUGGUGGAUAAGCAUAUAGAUGCAACAGGCAUGUCCGUGUUACCUGGAUUUGUUGAUGCACAUACACAUCCCGUAUGGGCUGGCGAUAGAAUUGAUGAAUUUAGUAUGAAGCUCCAAGGUUUUUCAUAUAUGGAUAUACAUGAACAGGGAGGAGGUAUUUUUUCGACUGUAAGAGCUACCAACGAAGCUAAGACAAGUUACCUCUAUAACACACUUUGCAAACGUCUUAAAAGAAUGGCUGCCUCAGGAACUACGAUGGUUGAAUGCAAAUCAGGCUACGGCUUAGAACUGGACAAGGAGUUGAGGCUGCUCGAAAUUCUGGAUCAGGCCAAGUCAUCCGAACAAGAUAGAAUCAACAUGUCUAUCACAUACUGCGGGGCUCACGCAAUCCCCGAAAAUUCAAACGCAGAGGACACAACUAAGAGAAUAGUGGACGUUGAUCUUCCAUACAUAGCAAACAUGAAUGAGGCAGGCAAACUUCGUGUAGAAAAUGUCGAUGUUUUCUGCGAUCAAGGUGUUUUCUCUGAGGAGAAUUCUGAGCUCAUACUAUGGAAAGCGAAAUCACUCGGCUUUCAACUAAAUUUUCAUGGUGAUGAGCUAUAUCCUAUGAACAGUGGUCAGAUGGGUGCCCGUGUAGGAGCAAAAGCCAUAAGCCAUUUGGAAAAGAUUACAGAGGAUGAUAUAAAAGCCAUGAAAAAAGGUAAUAUAUUCGCCGUUAUUCUGCCAUCCACUGCAUAUUCAAUGAGAUUGGAUCCCCCUCCGGUUCGCGCCCUCAUAGAUGCUGGUGUACCUGUGGCUCUUGGAUCAGACUUCAAUCCUAAUGUCUUCUGCUACAGUAUGCCUUUGAUAAUGAAUUUGGCAUGCGUCUACAUGAGAAUGACAAUGGAAGAAGCAUUGGUGGCGGCCACUCUCAAUUCGGCCGCUUCUUUAGGAAAAUCAGAAAAGCAUGGUAGUAUAGUUCACAACAAAUUUGCUGACUUGGUUAUCAUCAACUCUCCAAGAUGGGAAAACAUUAUUUACGACUUUGGCAACCAUGGACAAAUCAUCAAAUUCGUGGUAAAGGGCGGCAGUAUAAUUAGGGCUCCAAAAAGCUUCAAUGGUUCCAUGCCAAUAAUAAGAACGGAUGAUGUCCUCAAUAGUCCCAAGAGAAGCAAGAGUGUGAAACUCAGCGACAGCGAAGAUAAUAAAAGAAUGGAAAGGAAGAGAAGACAUAGUACGAGCAGCAGUAGCACAUCUAAUAAAGCAACCUCAGCAAAGGUGUCUCAUACUCAACAACUUGUUCAGCCGAAAACAGUUGUUGGUUGGUAUCAGGAGCAGAUCCAAAAAAUGAAGAUACAGUGUAAGCAAGAACUGCAAGCGAUGUCACAAUUUUAUGAGGAGGCACUUAAUACGAAAACAGGACUUUUCCAAGCUCUAAUACAAGCUUGUGACAAUGAGGAUGAAGCUUCAAAGAAAGUUUGUGAUGGUCUGAUUUAUAGACUUGUUCAGAUGGCUAAGACUAGUGUCCAACAAACUGAUGAACCUCAAGCUGGUCCAAGUCAUCCUCAAGUUUGUCCAAGUCAUUCUCAAGCUGGUCCAAGUCAACCUCAAGCUGGUCCAAGUCAUUCUCAAGCUGGUCCAAGUCAACCUCAAGCUGGUCCAAGUCAUUCUCAAGCUGGUCCAAGUCAUUCUCAAGCUGGUCCAAGUCAACCUCAAGCUGGUCCAAGUCAUUCUCAAGCUGGUCCAAGUCAACCUCAAGCUGGUCCAAGUCAUUCUCAAGCUAGUCCAAGUCAACCUCAAGCUGGCCCAAGUGAUACAAGUUACCAAACACAAGCUGGUCUCAGGCAAGCAAAAUAUUAACCUAAAUCUGAUUCAAGUGAUGAAAUAUCUGUACACUUGCCUCAAGCGGGUACCAAAGAUGAGUCAAAUAUGCAACAACCUGAAAAGAGUCCAAGUGACACGUCUUGUGAAGACCAAACUCAAGCUGAUAAAAUUGACGUAACAUACCAGCCUCUGCCUGGUCCAAGUGAAGAACCACCAUACAUGAGCAAUGAAAAUCCACCUCCUUACAAAGAACGACCAGCUUCUACAAAUUUCUAUCUUCCUCAACCUGAAAAUCUUCCCAUCCCAGAUGACACCUCAACAACCCCUUGUUUCUGUUCAACACGUCAGAGAGAAACACCUUCUCAGGCUGAUAUCGAGAGUGAAAUUCAGUUUGUAUAUGAGUCAGAGCAAUAUCUCAGUCCUCAAAAUGAAGCUGAUGAGAAAACUGAAUAAAUCGACUGUCCACACUGCUUUCUACUCCCAUUUGUUUAUUACUUUUAGUACCUAAGUGUUUACAUUUCAAAUUGUCCACCUUUUGGAAAGUUUGAAUUCCUAAUCGAUGUUUACAAAUAAUGUGUAGUUUAUUUCCAUAUAUUUUACAAUAUUAUGACUUGUUCACUUUUUUGGUGCAUUCAAAGACCUAAUCAAUGUUAUUUAUAGUAAUACGUGUAGUUUAUUGUAGGGAAAUUAUUCAUUUUUAUGUUGCUAAUAAUUAUGAAAAUUUUGAUUUUACACAACUACUCAAGUGGAUGAUUAGUGUGUACUAUUUCUAUGAAUAAUGAGAUAUUUAAAGAUAAUAAGGUUUGAUUAACACACAAUUUGAUCAAAAUAUUUUACCUACGGUACUGAAGCAAACUAGGCCCAUAAUACAUUGUAAUUCUACCUAUAUUGAUAUUGGAUUUCAUUAUCAUACUAAAACUGCAACUCCACAAUGAACAUAAAUAUUAUAAAAAUCAUUUAAAAACAAUUUUUUUUCAAUUUUACUGAUCAUGUGGAAAUAUCUCGAUAUGUUUUCCUUAUUCGUUUUUAAUUUAUUGCCUGCCUACUGUACAAUCAGUGUUUUACAUGUAAGGUUUUUGAAAGUGUUUUUAAUUGGAAUGGACCUGACAUUUUUAAUUGAUUAAUUACAUCAAUGAGCAUUUUUUAUUGUAAAAUCUUAUUUGAACCUGGAUUAUACAAUAUCCAUUUAAAAAACAGUCCAAUGUAACCCCUUAAACUUAUUGAUUCAAAUAAUGGAGGUGCCUUUAUAUUUGAACAAGUGCACUUUCAUGACUACUCAUCAGAAUUAAUAGGUAUUUGAAAGAAACUUCACAUUACAUUGCACAAUAUUUUUUUGUAAUAUUAGACUUUGUGCUUUUCAUUUUUUCAAUCGUAUAUUUUAUUCGAGUGAUGCAAGUUUGGAUUAAUAAUCAAAUGAAGUGAACUUUACAUUUUAUUUUGAAACCCACUUAUUACGUUGUUUUCGAUUUUUUUUUAUUAAAGUCUUAGUAACUUGUUAUCUAACGUGGCCUAUAUUAUUAUUAUUAUUUCAUAAACGAGAAAUGUAUUGGCUAUUUCUAUAAAUUUUUCAGAAAUAAAUUCAAAUUUCAAGUAGCUACCUAAUAAAAUAAAAUACUUCUAACCUGUGUAGACAGAUAUUGUUAUAUUAUAUAUACAUUGUAGCAUGCUGCAAUAAAAUAUAAAAUGGAUAUGCAUAUUCUAACAUUAUUUUUUCUAUAACGUGUGCCCUGCUUAGCCACAGCCGGUAGAGCAAAGAUUUGGAAGAUGUAUAACACUUUUUGUGAUUCCUGGAAAAAUAAUAGUACCAAUUUCUUACCAGCUCUCCCAGGAGCUCAAACAG